GCCGGGCCAGAAAUUUCCUUUUUCUGAGUUUCCGUGGUCCCAAAAUGAAGGAAUCCGGUAAGAAAUCGAAAGGUGCGAGUGGUGGAACGAUGGUACGCUUAAAACAGGAAACCCCAGCAACAGCUGCACCAGCAAAAGGAGUUUCCCAGGACAACGGAAAAGCGAGCAAAAUAUGGGAAGAUUCGCGGUUUGCGCAUCUCGUAAACGAUCCGCGGUUCCGCGGGAUGCCCAAAUCCGAGAAGAAGGUGAAAAUCGACAGCCGGUUCAAGUCGAUGUUUCAGGAUGAGCGGUUCCAGGUGAAAGCCACCGUCGAUAAGUACGGUCGCCCGUUGCGCAAAUCGGAUACGGAUGAGCUGAAGAAGUUCUACGAACUAGAUGAGGAUGACGACGACGAGGAGGAGGAUCAAGAGGAACGGGAGCGAGAGGAGCGUGCGAUGGAGGGACGAGACAAGAACGAGGACGCAGAACAAUCGGAAGAAUCGGAUGGUGAAUCCGGCUCGAGCGAUGAUGGCCUGCAGUUGACGGAGGAGGAAAAGCGGAUGGUUCUGUCGGAGAAAAUCAAAAACCGACUCAAGGACCUCGACGUUGACUAUGCACGUGGCGAGGCCCAGCUCUACUCGGACGAUGAAGAAGAGGAUGAGGAGGACGAGGAGGACGAGGAAGAGGAUGAUGAGGUGUUCAUCGAGCACGUGUGGGGAGAGUUGGAUGCGGAUGUGGAGCACACCGAAGACUCCACUAACCGGUUAGCCGUUUGCCACAUGGACUGGGAUCGUAUUCGUGCCGUGGACAUUAUGGUUCUGCUUUCUUCGUUCCUGCCUCCCGGGUGUUCCAUCAAGAGCGUUAAGAUUUAUCCUUCCGAGUUUGGCAAGGAGCGAAUGCAGGAGGAAGAAGCGCGUGGACCACAGGAGCUAACCACCAAACCGUGUGAUGGAUCGGAUGAAGAAGAGGAGGACGAAGAGCAACAAAAGGAGCGACUGCGCGAGUAUCAGCUUAAUAGGCUGAAGUACUACUACGCGGUCGUAGAGUGUGAUUCGGUCGAGACGGCCGAUAAGAUCUACAAGGAAUGUGACGGAGUUGAGUACGAGAGUACGGCCAACAAACUCGAUCUGCGGUUUAUUCCGGAUGAGAUGGAUUUCGGUGAAGAUGAGCCAAAGGAUAGCUGCAGCGAGUUGCCUGAGGUGGGCAAGUACGUACCGCGCCUUUUCACGACGACCGCCCUGAACCAGGCCAAGGUUGAGCUCACGUGGGACGAGAACGAUGUCGAGCGAAAAGAGUUCAACGAAAAGCUAAGGGAUGGUAAAUGGGCACAAAUGCCCGAGACGGAACUCAAGAAAUAUGUCGCCUGUUCCAGUUCCAGUGAAGGCGAGGAAGAACAGACGAAUGGGAAAGUGAAGAGCAAGAAAAAGCGUUCAAUUCUGCUCAUUCGAGCACCGAAAAGUGAUGAAUCUGAAGAUGAAGACAGUGACGAUGAUGAUUCCGAUGAGGAAACGGAACCGAAGGGAAGCGACAAAAAACAGGACAUGAUCGCAAAGUACAAAGCCCUUCUGAACGACAUGAAGGAAAAGGAGAAGGCAGAAGAGGAGGAACAGGUUGGCAUGGAGUUCACCUGGAAGGUAAAUGAUAAGGAGGAAUCAACGGAGCCGGACCAAAAGGAGAGCAACGAUCGCACCGGAUCCAGCAAUCUUCCGGAUGAUGUGAAUCCGUUUGAAAAGAUUUUACAAAAAAAGAAAGAGAAAAACAAACGACGCAAAGAGCUUAAGAAGCGUCGCAAACGCGGUGAGCUCGAUGAUGACGCAGAGAAUGGAUCCGGAUCGGUCGACAGCGAAUCGGAGGACGAUCUUCCUUAUGGUGUCGAUCUGAACGAUCCCUUCUUCGCGAGCGCAUUCGAUGAGAAGGAAUUCGGCAAACCGCAGAAGAAGCAGAGCAAAUCGAAAGAACGUGACGCAAAAUCGAAGGAAGAAGAGGAACGAGAGGCAGCCGAAGAAGCGCAAAGGAAGGCCGAGCUGGAGCUGCUGCUUGACGAUGGCGACGACAAUCGGGCUCACUUUAAUCUGCGCGCCAUUCAGGAGCGAGAGAUCGAUCUGAAGUCGGUUUCCAAAUCGAAACGCCGGCGUUUACUAAAAAAGAGCAAACGCGAGAUCGAGGAGCAGCGCAAUGGACGCGCCGCAGCGCCAGCGGCUGAGGAUGGCUUUGAGAUCGACGUCGAAGACAGUCGAUUCGGGGCGAUCUUCUCGAAGCCCGAGUACAACAUCGAUCCGACGAAUCCUGCGUUUAAGAAGACGAAAGGUAUCGAGCGGAUUAUCGAGCACAAGCUGAAGAAACGGCAGCUGGCCGAAAAUGACGUGAGGGAGCACGAGAAUGGACGGGGAGAGCAGCGUGAAACGAAAAAACAGAAGAAGGAUGUGGCCACUACCAUGUUGGUGAAGAGUAUCAAACGGAAGAUCGGAGGGAAAAGCAAUUAAGGUACGAUUUGCAAUGCGAGAGAAAAUGUGAAAUAAAU